CACAGCUCCUCCCUCAACAGUCGUUUCCUAAGUGCUCAACUUGCGGGCCUGCUGCGGUUGUCUAGAGAAUAAAACACUGACUCUUGGAUGGUUUCUCUGGGUCCUGCUGAAGUUCUAUCCUGAAAUUUGAAUUUUCUGUUAGAGGAAUUUUGUUACUACUGGCUUAUCAAGAUGAUUGCAACACCUUUGAAAUAUCCAAGAAUUCACCUAUCUUCAGAGACAUCUUCUCAAACAAGAAAUAUGCCCAUGGAUGCAAUCUUUUUUGACAACAUUCCUGCAGGCACACUUACUCCUGUAAAAGAUUUGGUAAAAUAUCAGAAGUCUUCUUUAAAACUGAAUGACCAUAAAAAGAAUCAGUUUCUAGAAAUGACAACUUCUAACAAUAAAAAUGUAUUUCAAUCUACCAUGCUAACAGAGCCUGCCACCUCUAAUAGUUAUCUUGAUAUCAGUGCUAUAAAGCCCAAUAACAGUGGAUUAAAAAAUAAAGCAGCCUAUGAAUCACCAGGAAAAAUAUUUCAGAGAAUGAAAGAAAAAGUACUGCGUGACAAACAAGAGCAAGCAUCAGGAAACAGUAGUAUGUUGGAACCAUCAAACAGUGAAAAUAAUAAACUCUUCACUCCUAACAAAGGUGGGAAAAGACCAUUGCAACAUAUCUACCUGUGUGAAGAAAAGGAAAAUAACAGACCAUUUCAAUCAGCUCCUGUCCAAGAAGUUACUCUAGAAUCAUCACAGUUCCUUCCCUUCAAUCAAAAGACUCAACACCACCAAGAAAAGAAAACACAGCUUCACAAUUUAACUUAUGAACUUCCAAUUCUGAACCAAGAACACAAAAAUGUUUCAGCUGUAGGAGUCUCAAACAAAGGAUUAGCUGGAGCUCAGCUGACUAAACAGCUUCUUCACUCAAAAGAGAACAUAGUUGAAAUCGCCAAGUCCAAAAAGGACAUAUUUGUUUUAGAAAGCAUUCCUUCUGCUGAUGAAAAAUUCCAAAAUACUGAUGUUGAAACUUCUAGUACUAAUUGUAUCCCUAUUAAAAAUGGUAGUCAAGGAAUAGUUUCUGAUAUUGAUAUGACAACAGAAGGGACUUCACAAGGGGAGAAUACAGAACAAAAAAAGACAGUGUCCACAGAGACUAGUCUUCUCAAUUCUAUGGAAGAUACAUGUAAAAUUGUACUUGCAAGUCCAAGACUUCAUUUUACAGUACCUCGGAGGUCAAAAAGAAAUAUUUCAAAGCUUUCUCCUCCAAGUUUAUUUCAAACUAUUACAAAAGAAGUUAAAAAAAAUAAGGUAAUCCAGCUACAGGAAUGGAUGAUUAAAAUCAUCAAUGAUAACGCUGAUAUAUGUGUAGAAGGAAAACUGACAGACAUGACACACAUAUAUUGGCACAGUAACGUAAUUGUAGAGCGGAUUAAGCACAAUGAACUUAGGACUAUAUCAGGCAAUAUUUAUAUAUUAAAAGGAUUGAUAGACCAACUUUCCAUGAAAGAAGCAGGAUAUCCAUACUAUCUCACAAGAAAAUUCAUGUUUGGAUUUCCAAAAAAUUGGAAAGAGUACAUUGCUGAUUUUCUAGAACAAUUAAGGGUCGAGGAAAGGAAAAGGAAAAUGACCAGAAAAAUACAAAAAACUGCAAGAUCUGUCCCUGGCUUGUCAAAGUCAAUGAAAGAAGAUUCAGAAAACCAAACAGAUGAUCUUCAAAAGACCAGUACCACUUUUGACCAUGAUAAUGAUAACACUGAAUUGAAAAAUAAUAACCAGAGAAGGUUGCCAGGAGCUACAAAAGUAAACACUGGCAAUAGUAAUUAUCAAAGUAAACCAUCAAUGAUUCUCCCUCAUGACCAAGUAAAUAAAACUAUUGACAAUGUAGGCGGCGAUAACUUACCUAAUCAGGAAUUAAUUGUCAAAAGAGAGUAUAAACAAUUGUCUUCAAACAAACUCAAAAAUAGUGAAGGAAUAAAUGAAAGAAUCACUAAAAGUCAAAAACAAGUUAAAGAGAGAAAUGAAGAAUCAGAUGUAUCUACUGAUAUUUUGACGUCACGGGAACGGUUUUUUUCAGCUGAAAAAAGAAAAUGCAUGACUAUCCAUCAUAAAGAAGCUUGUAUUUUAGUGACACCACUUAAAACUAAGAAGGUGAUAGAGCAAAGAUGCAAGAAGCAUAAUCUGUUCUAUGACACCAGGGAAGCAAUGACAGGUUUUUCAGUGCCAAAGAAUCAAGAAAAAAGUGAGCCAGACUUAAAUGGAAGUCCCAACAAUAAGUCUAUAGAGACUUUAGAAAAUACAUCUGAGUACAGUGUGGAUCAUAAAAGUAAAAACAUGGAAGAUUGCAAUGAACGGGAUUUACUCACCAUCAAUCAGAAAGUAAAAACGCCUAGCCCUAAAAAUGAACACAUGGGCAUUCGAGGCUUUAAGAAAAAUAUCAGGUUGCCAUCAAAAUCGAAGAAAAUUGAAAAUCAAGUAACUGUAUCAUUUUAUAAUCAUCAGUCCUCAUCAGAUUUGUCAAGUGAAGAGAGUGAAACCGAAAAACAAAUUAGAAAGAAAGCUGGAGUUAAAAUCAGGACAAGAAAUACCAAAGAAACAGUUGCUCACCUGAGUAAAAACAAAAAAAACACCACAAGGCAUAUCAUAGUGACUUCAGAAUCUGAAACUGAGGAAAGUAACAUGAAGUAUCAUGUCAAACAAAAGAAACCUAGGUAUUCUGCUAAAGAAACUCUUCUGAAAUGUGGUGCUAGGAAUGAGUUUUCAGUUGAGGCAAUGGGACCUGACAGAACUAACAAGCAUUCCUUAGACUGUUUACCUGGCAUAAAUCAGGGUGAGGAGUGGAAUGAGAAAGAAUUGCAGAAACUGCAUUGUGCUUUUGCAUCUCUUCCAAAGCACAAACCUGGCUUCUGGUCAGAUGUUGCUCUGGUGGUAGGUUCUCGAACUGCUAAAGAAUGCCAGAAGAAAUACAUGGAAGAUCCUCGAGGAAAACAGUCUCAGAAAAAUACCACCAAAAGAAAGCAAGCCAAUCCCAAAGGUCAAUAUGGUGACACAGACAGUGCUAAUACGACGAAGACCAUUCAGAUAACUGCCAAAGUGGGAACACUUAAAAGGAAGCAACAAAUGAGGGAUUUUCUGGAACAGAUGCCAAAAGAUGACCAUGAUGAUUUUUUCAGUGCAACACCUUUGCGUAAUCAAAGAGUACUGUUGCCAAGUUUCUGGGACAGUCAAGAUGGUGAUGACAUUCUGCCAGCUAUGGACAGAAAUCCAGCAACUCCAUCAGUUACCUUUCCAUUGGCAAAAACUCCUCAAUGUCAGCACGUCAGUCCUGGCAUGCUAGCCUCUAUAAAAAGGAAUGAUUGUGAUAAAUAUGUUUCUCGUAUACAAAAAAAUCAUAAAAGUAAUGGUGGCAUUGUCUGGGGCAACAUCAAGAAAAAAAAAGUUGAAACUGUUUCUUCAAGCCCAACAAGAAAAACACUGUUUCACAGAGAUUUAGGAGAAAACUCCGGUAUUGGAAAACUUUUCACUAAUGCUAUGGAAUCUUUAGAUGAAGAAGAGAAAGAUUAUUAUUUUUCAAACUCUGAUUCUGCAUAGAAAAAUGUGAUUUCCAGGACUUUUACAAAAAAGCAGAUGGUGUAUUUGUAUCUACAUUUAGAGAAUACUUAUGUAUUUUCUUUAUGGUGGAGGUUCAUAUGAAAAUGUAGAUUCUUUUUUCAAAGGUUUCAUGCUUUCGUGCAAAGUGAAAUAUCCUAAAAUAUUCCCCAUUGCUGCAUCUCACCAAAAAUGUAAGGAAAAUUGUUUUGUGCAGACAUUUGUAAAUAUGGUUUAUAAU